CGUAUUUUUUUGGGUGAAAGUUUUCUACAUACUUUUAGUUACUAUUUUAUAAAAUAUUUUUUUUCUUCCUCGUGUUUACGUAAAACUAUUUUUUUCUAUAAUAUUUUUUUUUGCUUUUCUAAUACUAAUUUCUAUAUAAACUAUAGUUUAUUCUAAUUUAGUUCUAACAAUUAUUCUACUAUUUUUAAUUUUUCAAUACUUAGAUUACCAAAACUAAAAGGAAUAAAGGUUUUAACUAUUAUAUGCAGUAUAUAAUUUAUAACAUUACUUAAAGUGAAGAUUUAAAAUUGUGAAAAUUAACUAUCAAAAAUAUAAAAAAAUAUUGUUUAUAUGGUUCAUUUAAAAAUAAGAUGUAAAACUCAUGUCCCUAAUGUAAUUUUUGUAAAAAAAAAAACUUCAGUUCCGUUAAUUAUUUAAUAAUUUAAUUUUAUUUAUUGUGCCACACAUUACAAUUUUUUUUUGAUCCGCACCUACUCCCGAUGACGCUUCAAAAGAACGAACUCUGCUCAGAGUCCCCCGAAGACGAUUUGAGCACAAACCGAAUACAAGAUCAGAGAAACUCGCUUUGGUCCUUAAGUCUUUGGUCAGAUGAAAACCUGUAAAUGAUAGAUAAAACUUGUGAAUGUUCUAAAACUUUUUUAAAAAAAAAUUCGUCUUUCUUAGAACAAAAUUUACAGCUAUAGAAAGUUUGGGCUUGAAUUUAGGUACAUAUAGUUUACAUGAUAUAUCAACGUUGAGUUGGCUUAGUGGUAAAGGGAUUACAGCUGUAACCACUGCCACCCGGAUUCAAUUCACAAUGAGAGGGACUAUUUACAAUGCUUGGGUUCUCGGCAGGGGCGAAACUAGGAUUUUUCUUAACUGGAUGCACAAUAACUGAUAAAAAUAGCAUAGGGGGAUUCAAACCUAGGUUGUUAGGAAAUUAUGGGUGCAAACUUAACCAAAUAGCCACUUCCUUCUUAUAAGUCCUAUGUAAAAAAUCAAAUAUCUAAAAGACACUGGAUGCACUUGCACCCAUAAUGCUUAACCACUAGUUCUCGGCAAAGAGGUGAAACCACCUUUUUUUUUUUUUUAGUUUACAUGAUAGUUCAAUAAUACAUGGUUUGACUAUUCUGACGUUAAUCGGGAAGCAUUCCACUCGAAUCAAGCGAUAUGACAGUCCUAAACGUAUUCUUAUUAAAACUGAUCGAAUCAGUCCUAAACAUAUAGAUUACAAAGUUAUUACCUGUACGUAACUCAAGAUACUUCCUCAGACACUUUGAUUGAUAUAUGCAUUCUUACCGGUUCCGCCUACUUUUUCCUUUAAAAUACCUUUUCCUUCGUGUUGAAAACAUGAAGCACGUGACCAGAUUUGCAGAUAUUUGUUUUUUUUCCCUCAGAAAAAAUAAAAGUUUAUAGCACGUUCUUAUUCAGACUUUAUAUGCAAGUAUUUCUAUAACUUGACUUCCAUCAACUGACCAAAGCAAGAAGAAUCUUUACGCAGAGAGGAUCAUAUGGAGAAUCGCAGCUUAGAUCUCUGCCUAUCUUCAGUGACCUCUUCACUUCAAUCUUGUCGCCGAGAUUCCAAGGUUAGUCAAUCUUUAGCCACGAGAACUAAGGAGAUCAAUGCAUUCUAUAGUGGGAGAGUACGAGAAUACGAUCUCGUAGAGAUCCAGAUAAGGGCGGUAAUAGAGAUGGCGAGCAAGGAGCGUGACAUAACGGCGUUAGAGUUAGCACCGGUUAGACUAAAAUCGCCGUUAGUGUUUUCGGUGAAGAGAUCAGUGGAGAGGUUUUUGGAGAAGAGAAAGAAGAGAAGCAAAUAUGUUACUACACCUUACGGUUACACUUGCAGCUCCACGUCUUCCUCCUCUUCGCGUCAUUCCUAAAACCCCACUUAUUUUUGUCAUUUUUCCGUAUACUCAACGAUGAACUUCGAGUUUUUUUUUUCAAUGUUUUUAAAUCAAGAUAUUUCAUUUGUAUAAAACUCGGAUCAUUUGGAUCGCUUGUAUCUAUAAUAGCAUAUCAUUUAGCAAAAUACGAAAAUGCACACUUUUAACAAACAAAUUAUUAUUAAUGAGAGAAUGCAAAAAUGAAGCUAGGCGGAUACACCAACGAGUAGCACUAACAAAGUAUAUAACUAGCAUAGAGAACUUGCAGAUUACACGUCGUUCACCAUCUGCGCUUAGUCAUUCACCAUUACAGAAACUUUGUCGUAUUGUAUCAGUAUAAGAAACGAGAAAGUCAUUUCUAAUAAGAUAGGUACUUUCAAGAUUCUGUAUAUGCCAAACAAUACUUGGUAAAACCAAAGAAAAAUACUAAACCAGCUCUAUAUAAAGUGUACACUCAACUCCCAUCACAAAAAAAAAGUAAGAGAGGAGCACAUAAAACGAAAUUUUGUAACAACCAAGCGAGAGAGGCAACAAUAUUAAGUAAGAAAGAAAGAGAUGGAUCCAAGAGUUUUCAAAAGAGGACUUUAUGGGAAACAUGUCAGAAAAACAAACUUCUAACUCCUUUUCCCAGAGCUGCUUCCACAACCUAAAACCUGUUAAAUCCAAGAGAUGGCUAGCGCCUAAUCCUGCUCUAGCUCCAAUCUCACCGGAUAAAGGGGUUCAUCAUCAUUCUACACACAAGCACUAAUAUCAUUCGCCUAACAAUUUGGAGUUUUCAACAUAAAGAGAGCAACAACAUAUAGCUCCCUACUCCAUGUUUCACAUUCUUUCCCAUCAUCAUUAAUACACAAACCAAGCAGAGUUUGCAUUUGUCCACCAAAUAAUAACACAAUAAAAAGAGUUUAAAGUUAAAAAAAAAA